GGUAUCAAAGGUACACUUUGCCCAAACCGUCAGGAAUUUCCUAGUACGGAAUUCGAUUCGAAGGCUUGCUGCUUGUAGCGUAGUGUAUGGCGCUUCUCUCCCCCAACCGGCCCCAACUUGGCCCCAUCACAUCCCACGAUUUACGAUUUGGGGAUUACGGAUUACUUACAUACACUACAUACAUACAUGGUACACACUGUUCAAAAGUGUGGUUAAGCUCGGCGGGGCCAGUCGACGUCGAGAUAAUGAGAAACACGGCCCACGAGGCGCCAGGUGUUCGCGGCCCUUCUUUUCGGGUUUUGAGACAAGGCCUUGGCUUGCAGCCUUUCUUCACCUACCUACCUACCUACCUACUCUGGGGGUGCGUUAGUACCUACUGUUUCCUCGUACAUAGGGUUUCUCCUAAGAUUCAGGUACGCGAGGCAUAAAUGAUAAAGGCUGGCGAAUGAGAGAUCUAAGACGCACAUCGUCCAAGAGUAUGUAGGGCCUCAUGGAUUAGGCGGGGUGGUGUGAGUAAACUAGCCUCAGUCGAGUUUAAUAGAUAGGUAUGCAGGGCCAGAAAAGAAGGAGAGGAGGAGAGGAGGGGUUCUCCGGAUCUAGCGAAUAGUACCUAGCACUCUCGGGGCCGGGUUGAGCGACUUUUUACAAGUCUCCCCUCGACUACCGAAAACGGGACCUCGCAUCGGCAUCUCUGUCACAACUUGUGGGAACCGGGUUACACGCUCCCACGCUCCCACGCAUUGAGUAUAUUAGGCAGGCAGGCAGGGUCCGUCAGGCCAAUCUGACGUCCCCCCUCCAUUCCGG